UAUCGCUAUUUGGUGUAUCUUGGUUGUCCAAAUGGUUGAACUGAUUUUAUUUUAAAUGUUUUUAGUAUUUUGUGCAAUUGUAGAUUGGGUCCGUAUUCUAUCCAAUAAUCUAAUUUUUAUACUAUACACUUUUUUUAUAAGAACAUUUUAUAAGAACACUGAGGCGGCUGAAAUUGCUUAAAAAUUAAGAAGAAAAUAAGAAAAAAUUGAGGCUGGGGUAAAAUGUCAAAAGAGGUUUUCGUUAAAAAAAAAAAAGAAAACCAACAAAUAUUAUCUGUACCCUAUUUGCAGUAGACGUGACUAUGUAAUAUAGUCUAUAAUACAGUGCAGUGCCGUAAUACGUAUUGUAUUGUUUAAAAGUAAGAACAAAGUAAGAACAUUUUGAGCCUGAAAUUGGCAAAAAAUAUAAAUACUAAGACUGGGCAAAAUUGUACUGGUUCUUAUAAAAUGUGUAGGGCCUAUUCAUAGAGGGCUGUACUUCCAGCUUAUAUUCCAGAAGAUAAAUUAUUUUCAAGACGUGAGAAAAACAACUCAAUGCUGUCAGAAUGGGAGAUAUGGUAAACCCCAGCACUAAUCUAAUCUUAAACCCCUGCAAUAUGUAGUGGGGUACCCUGGCCAAUAUCUGAUCCUAAGUUGAACUGACAGACCCUGUCUGGACUACUCAGUGCAGUUUGAUAGGCGUGCCAUCGCCUUCACACCUACGGGGAAGGGCAUUAUAUAGGAAGGGAGAAAGUCUAUAAACAAGAAUGUAAGCUAUAGCUCCUAUUCUAUUCUAAAUAAAGUAUAGGGCCUACUCGAUAAUAAGUACGGCACAUACAGUGAAGGAAAAUGUAGUUUCUUUAUGAAGAAGAGUGCUUAAUGAAUGAAAUUAAAAACAUGUGUUUUAUAUUGAAUUUAAUUGAAUUAAUUUAUGCUAUGUCAACGUACCUAUAACUUAGCGCCUCUCUUAAUUGCGCCCUCUAUAUGCUUCGCUACCUGUUCUUUCACCUGCACGGUUUUCACAAAACGAUUAUUUUACCGUGUACAAGACGAGCUGAUCUAACUUUAUUUAUUCUAACGGUUACUGAUGAGUCGUUGAUGCUUCAUAUACCUAAUCGUUCAAAAGUUUAUGUAAUUCUUUUGGCGUCAACUAUGCAUCAACAACGCUGAAAGCAUGUGUAAAAAGUAUUUGUAUUCUUCGCUGGGACUCACGACUAGUCAACGAGGGACAGAGUUCACUAAAUCACAGUUCCCAGGUCUGAAUCCGUAUGUCUUCAGCAUCUACCGGUUUGUUGUAACCCUCUACUUCAUUGUGAUUACUGCAUGGACGAUAGCGGAGGAAUAUGACUGGACUUAUUUUAUUUACUUGACCAAUUGGACCGUCAUCCUGGUCACUGUUUAUCUGGUAGUAGCAUCUUCCAAUAGUGCAAAAUUCCUAAUACGGAGGCAUCGUUGUGACGUAGAUGACGUCAUCUCGUCAGGUUCGUCUUCCAGUGUUGAGAACACGUUAUCAUUCGUUUACAAAUUGCAGUGGGUUCUCUACUACAUGGCAGCAAGUGGUUCGAUACUCGUGUCGUUAAUUUACUGGGGAGCACUUUAUAGCCUUGGUGUAGAUCUAGCUCUGUUUACGGACCUGAAUGUUCACGCGUUCACGAGUUUAUUGAUGAUCGUCGAAACGUUUUUGUCUGCUACACCGGUGCGUUUGCUUCACAUGGUCUACCCACUGGCUUACGUAAUAAUCUAUGUAGUGUUCACCCUUGUAUUUUGGGCGGUGGAUUGUACUGUUAUCUAUCCGAUAAUUGAUUAUAAUACAGACCCUGGGUUUGCAGUACUUAUCGUCGUUGGAGUGCUUACCGGUGUUGUUAUAUGUCAUGUUUUAAUCUGGUUAAUAGGCAAACUUAGAAUAAUGGUAUUAAGGAAAUGUUUUAAGACAGAGAACACUCGAUAUGUGGAAUAAAGCCGGUACUGCUUACGACCGUAGUCCGACGAAUCCAUCUACACUUGACGACGCAACGUCUUCUGCUGGUUGUCGAUGUCAGUCUGAGCGGAGAUCGCCCUUGUUCAGGAAUUACAUCAGCCGACGACCACCAGUGCCGGAUGUGUGUCCAGCUUGUGACGAAGAUAGUGGCGGAGGGCCAGGAAUUUGAAAUAGAGGGGGCCCACGGAAGGAGUUUCACAAAUGGAGGGUCUGGAAUCACCUCAGCCCCACCAUGGGUGUUGCUGAAGCAUGAAAAUAUAUGAUUAGUGCACCUCUAUAUGGCCGGAAAUGGCACUCUCAGACCUAAAUUUGGAUUAUUUUUUUUUUUCACAAUUUUUUUUUUUUAUAAUUUUGAAUUAUUUAGGGUGGGGGAGGUCGGGCCGGCUUGGCCCCCAUGAAUCGGCUAGUGGAAGAAGUAGAACAAGAUUAUUAAAAUGACUUUUGAAGAGGGUGACUCAUCUAGCUUGGUUCCAUCAUUCAUACUUGCACUUACACAAUAAAUUGAACAUUAUGUCUAAAAAAAUGUUUGCCUUUCUCAUCCGCCCCUAACUCAACGAA